AUGGAGCAGGGCAGAUGCACGGUCCUUUUCCUGUCCCUGGCCCUGAUCCUGGACGUGGCGGGGAUUCUGCUCUUCCUGGUGGGGAUCUUCGCGCCGCUGAGCUUCUGGGACUUCUUCGUGCUGUCGGGGCCCCUGCUGAUCUUCCUCAGCCUGAUCCCCUGGAUCUUCUGGUACAUGGGGAGCCUCACCGUGUCCGAGGAGGAGCUGGACCUGCUCAAACACGACAUCCUGUAA